UAUUAAAUAAAUAAUUAUAGUAAAAUAAUUAAUUAUUAAUUAAUAAAGUUGGUGCGUGUUUGACUGUUGUCCUUGCCGCAAAGUUUGUUGCAUGGCUGCGGCGAGUUGCGGUGCAGUUCCAGAAUAAACCCAGUGCGACCGACGACGGUGACAUUUAAAGUUUUGUGGUUCCACGAAAGCCACGAAUUAAAGCCUUUGGAAUUAACUUAGAAGAUUUUAAUUACUAAGUAAAAGUCAAACAAAAGCGGCAACACUUACAGAAGUUUAUAGUGCGAAAUUCCCAAAGUAGUUGGGCACUUAAUAGCAGCCCCUCUCCAACAGAAUCAAAAUGUGUCGCUACAGAUGGAAAGUGUUAAUUGCAGUCGUCAUUCUAUGUGCUUCCCAUUUGAGUGUGAUCAAUGCUAACAACAUCAUCAAUGUGAGCACAAGUUAUUAUCACAAUCAAAACCACACACCUACGGUGCGUCAAUAUGCGAUCAUAAACGGUAGCAAUCUGAUUUUGCCUAUUAGAACGCAUUAUGCCGCACGUGUGGUGAGUGAGUUGCAGGACAAUCGAAAAGUACCGACUAUAAGUGCAGUAGCUGAUGAUGAUGAUGAUAUACUACGACGUCCACCGAGUUUUGAAAGUCACUUGGAAAAGUCGUCUGUCAUUUAUGCACUCGCGAAAUUGGCAAAUGAGAGCAAUGUCAAUGCAGCAUGCCACACACAAUUGAAGCAAAUACAACGCGGUAUUUUGCGCAGAUCGCCAUGGGCAAUGAAAGUACUUGAUGCUUCAGGCACUAAACCAUCUGGCUUUGUUUUUGGACAGAACUUUUGGUUGGGCAGUCGUGAAUCUUGCAAUGCUGCACAAAAUCCGGUCUCAAUAACGCUUUCCAAAAAUUUUGAGCGUGUAAUGCACUUCGGCAUUAUAACGGAACGUGCACCGUUCGAUAUGAACUAUGGCGUGGUUUACCUGCGUCACAAUUCUCCGUGGCAAGUUGAGAUAAAAUUGAUGUCUGAAAAAAUCAUACACGUGGGCUUGUGCUUGCCCAGCACUUGCCAGUCAAGUGAAAUUCAACAGCUUACGACAUAUUAUGUGGAACGCGGCUUAUUUGUGGAAAAUGAUAUUUACGAUAUACGCCCAGAAGUUGCUUACAUGAAAGACUUAAAGCUCAACGAAAGCUUUUAUCAACGUAAAAGCUUAAAAAUGCUUUGCACGCUUUUACUUUUUACUUCAGCAAUGAUGUUGUGUGCUUCAUUAUUGCGUGAGAAAUCAACUCCAGCGGAAGCGGAAAUUGUGAAAGAAAGCGGAGAUAUAGAAGAAAAGUUGAAACAGGCAAAUCCUGAAAUUAGAGCUACUAUUGAUUUGAUAGAACCUGAUGUGUUGGAUAAAAUGAAAGAUUUUGUUAAAUGCUUUGAUGUGCAGGAAAAUUAUGAAAAACUUGUAGCCACAAAGGAACCAACCAAUGCUUCAAAGGAUAUACCAGUUAUUAAUGGCUUGCGUUCAGUGUGUGCUAUUUGGAUAAUGAUCUUUCAUGUGGUUUGGUUCAUGUACUUCACAGUGAAUAAUAAAACAUUCUUGAUAUCCUACGCGGAGCAAAUAUUCUUCCAAUAUGUCAGUUCGGCACCACUGUUGGUAGAUGUGUUCUUCACAAUAAGUGGUUUCCUGCAAGUAUACAAUUUCAUGCGAAACACCAAGCAAAUGGAUCAGAUACGCAAAAAUAGUUUGACGCAAAAUUUGAAGCAAUUCUUCAAAUUAGUAUUCCAUCGGUAUUUACGAUUGGGACCACUUUAUCUUGUCAUCUUAGCAGCGGUGGAUGUAUUAUAUGCAUAUAUAGCCGAUGUCUCAGUUUAUCAUAUAAACGAACGCUUCGAUGAAAUGUGUUCCCAACAUUGGUGGCGGAAUUUGCUCUUCAUACAGAAUUUCUUUAAACAUUUAGAUAUGUGCGCCAAUUGGACUUGGUCAUUGGCUUGUGAAAUGCAAUAUUUUCUCUUAGCAACAAUUUUACUUUUCAUAUAUGCAAAACAUCCAAAAUUUGUUAAAUCCACUGUGGUAACAUUAUUUGCUGGAAAUGUGCUGUGGACCUACUGUAUUGGUUUAAAUUCAAAGUUUCAAUUAUCAUUCGAUGCAGCGUUUGCUACUGGCACAGAAAUUUACAUAAGCCCAUUCGUACGAAUAUUACCCUAUAUUAUGGGUGCUGUAUCAGCUUGGUACUUAUUUGAGCGUCAACAGGAAGAACAAACCCAACGGAUUGAAAUUAGUGAAACCAAAGAAAAGUGUUGUUGGAAUUUGUCCAUUUUAGUGUUUUUCGUUUGUAUUUAUUCGACUAUUAAACGUGAUAUAUCCUACUUAUUUUCGAUUUCGUUAUUCGUUAUUGGACGAUAUUUUUUCUCACUUACUAUUUGUUGGAUGAUUGUGGGCAGUGCUACUGGACGCGGUAUUUGGUGGUCUCGCAUAUUGGAAGCUAAAGUCUUUCAACAUGUGAAUCGUUUAUCCUAUGCAAUUUAUUUAUUAAAUCCAUUUGUGAUAGGGUUCUUCUUUAGCUUCACCAAUGUAAGCACUCAUGCAGAUCCUUUUAUGCUGUGCGUUCUAACUUCAGGUUUUGUUGUUAUAGUCUACUUAGCAGCAAUUGUGUUUUCUCUUGCCUUCGAGAUGCCUUAUAGCAAUUGGUCCAGCCUUCUAUCGAAGAGGCGAACCAAGCUUAAAAGCGCCUAAAUAGAUGCUCUAAUAGUCUUAAUAACGUUUUGUUAUGAUGUAAAAAUAUUUAAUCUUUAAUGUUUUAAUUUAAAGUAAAACUUUUGUAGAUUUGUUUUAUUUAGUUUAAUAUCAAUACUACUAAUAAGUUUCUAUUCUCCGGAACCUAGCAACGUUUAUUUUUAAUUAUAAUAUAAAUUUGCCUUGCAUUGUGAUUGUGAUUAUAACUCAUCAUAUUUAAGUUAAUAUAUAAGCUCAUUUGUUAAUUUAAUUAAUAAUUACUUAAUUUUUAAUAAUUAUUUAAUAGUUAUAAUUGUUUCAACUUCAUACAAAAUCUGUAAAUGGUUUAUAAUAUUUUUAUAUA